GUCCUCGGUAUAGCACUCAUGUUAGCAUGUAUCCCUGAACCACUCCUGUUGAAUAUUCAUCAUUUAAUCAAAGAGAAAGUGGGUGAUGCAUUCUGGUGCCUGGUGCAGUCUACCAGUUAGUCUGUCAGCCAUCGGUCAGUCAUGGCAGCAAGAUCCCUGCAUCGGCAGGAUUCGAAAUCUUCGGCAAAGAUUCUUUUGCAGGAGUACUGUUCAAACAGUUCCAUCCACGGAGUUCGGUACUUCAAUCGGGAGGGUCAAUCCUGGUGUGAAAGCGGUUGGUGGAUAGUAGUGUUCCUCCUAUCGGUGGGCAGCUGUGGGUAUCUGAUUAACAAAGUCUACCAAAAAUGGGACGAAACGCCUGUCAUAGUGAGUUUCCACGAAAAAACGACUCCAGUAUGGAAGAUUCCAUUCCCAGCAGUGACUAUUUGUCCACGUACGAAAUGGUCCAGCAGUUGGCUUAAUUUUUCCGAACAAUACGAUGUUAUCAUGUCGGAUGGGAUUGAUGCUACAAAUAGAACGGAUGAGAUAUUGGCGUUGAUGCAACUUUGUGACAGAACAUUUAUGACAUCGAGUAGAAAUCGAUUUAAGUCUUUUCCGAACAAAACAACCAACGAAUCUUACGUCGACUUGAUGAAAGCCAUGCCGGUUCCAUUUAACACAGAUCAUUUCUCCUGCCAUUUUGCGGGAGAACCAAUCGAUUUUGACUUCUUUUUCAGAAAAACACUCACCGAAGAAGGUUUAUGUUACACAUUCAAUGGACUCUCAUCUGAAGAUUUGCUUAAAGUCAAAACCGAUCCUGAUUUGUUUGCAAAGAAAAGAUCUCCACAUUGGACGCUCGACAGUGGUUACUCCAGUGAGGCAAACCUUUUGUCUUAUCCGUACCGUUCAAUUGGACCUGGAGCACUCGCUGGACUCUCUGUAAUGCUCGUAGCGCAAGAGAAAAAUUUGGAGUACGGAUGUAGUGGACCCGUACAAGGGUAUAAGGUUCUUCUUCAUUCCCCGGCCGAUUAUCCUCAAAUGACCAAUCGAUACAUCCACAUUCCUCUGGAUCAAGAGGUGAUGAUUGCCGUAAAGCCGCAGAUGAUCCAAAACUCUCGUAAAUUGGAAUAUUACCCACCGGAGAGAAGGCAAUGUUAUCUUAGUUGCGACAGAAGUCUACGAUUUUUUCGCGUCUAUACUCAAGAUAAUUGCAAUCUGGAGUGUUUGACCAAUUACACGAUGAUGCGCUGUGGAUGCGUUCGGUUCUCGAUGGUUCGUAGCGAGGACAUGCCCGUGUGUGAGACCAAUCAAAUCAGUUGCAUGCAGGAUGCCGAGACGGAAUUGUUGGAAAUGGGAGUGCUGGACGACGAGAACGAAACUAAUUUUCAUACCGAGUGCGAUUGCAUGCCAGGUUGUACUUCGGUGGACUAUGACGUUGAAAUUACUCAGAAUGAAUUUGAAAUAGUUGAGUGGGCUGUUGCUUACGGAGAAAAAAGAAAGGAUUUCGACGGAGUAUACGCAGCCCAUCUUAAAAUCUACUACAAAAACGCACAGCUAAUGAAACAGAAGCGCAGUGAGCUGUACGGCAUAACGGAUUUCCUGGCAAACUGUGGCGGUUUGUUAGGACUUUGCUUGGGAGUAAGUUUGCUGAGUUUGGUAGAGCUUUGCUACUAUUGCUCUGUGCGUCCGCUGAUGUUGUGGAAAAAAUGGAAACAGGAGCCGACGAAAGUGGAUAACAUUGGCCUUCCCGAAGUGUGUUUGCUUUCUACGUCCGAAAUCAUGAAGCAGAAUGUGAGAAACUCUGGAAUUUAUUGAUUGAAAUUCUAUUGAAAGCGUUUAUACGUCGUUCAUUAUUGAUGAAUCAUGUCCAAGUAGUUUAAUUAUCGUAGUAAAAUAUUUCGACUUACACAGGAACCUUGGAGCUUAGAACAGUUUUAGGAAAUUAACGUAGUUCUGCACAGAAGCAUCUUCUUGAACAAGAUUAAUUACUUUAGAGUAAUUAGAAUUAGCGUAAUUACAGAUUAAAAUAUAUAACAGAUAAACAAAUGCUUAAUCUUAGCACCUUUGAAUGAUCAUUUCAAGAUAAAAGGCGUCUCCUGUAUAGAUAAACAUAUCUUUAUCAAGAACUUCACAUUUUUAAUUAAUCUUUAAUGCAUGGAAUUAAUCUUUGAUCCAUGGAACUUAUAGCUUUUU